GCGCAGGCAAAGAAAACACUGUCUGAAGUGUUUUCUGCAACGUAGUCAACCAAGUAUAACGGAACCUCUUAUAAUACCAGACACUCUGAAACCAGACCAACAAGACAGUGUUCUCUUUGCCCGACAGACGACAAGAGUCUUCUCUGAGGAAAAACGUCAAAAAAAAGGUAUCACCAAACCAUGGCUGGGCAUUUCAACCUGAUUAAAUAUGCCAUUGUAUACUGCGCAAUUCUCGUGAGGUUUAUAAGUGACGAGGCCAGAAACUCCAAACGUGCAUCAUUUGACAAUGGGGGAUUACUCUUUUCCUCUUUUCAAGAAAGCCUUCAGAUGGUGGACACAGCGUUAUGUCACACCAGGACAGAGCGAGGCACACUCCGGUCCCCAAUGCAGCUGUUCUCAUUUCUCCGGCAAGCAGAGCCUGAGACCCAAGAGAUUUCCCGAGCUGCAGAGGUGUUUGACACAACUGUAUUUAUUCUGAAGGACAGAGCCAGCCAGAGACAUAAAAGGGCUCUUGUUGCAUCAGAGCUCCUUUCAUUGGAGGACUUGGCGCUGAUUGCAGACCUGUCAGGUUGUCCUCCACCCGUUCUCCCAGCCUUCUGUCACAACGAUUGCCUCGCCAACGAGUACCGUUCCAUAUCUGGAGUCUGCAACAAUAGGCACAAGCCUUUCUGGGGCACAGCCAACAGUGCCUUGGCCAGAUGGCUUCCGGCAGAAUAUGAAGACGGAGAAAGACAACCAAAGGGCUGGAACCAUGGGCAACUAUAUAACGGCUUCCAACUUCCCCCGGUACAUGAAGUCAGCAAGAAAAUACUGCAGAGCUCCAGCAAACCCAUGUUGCUAGAUGCUGUUUAUUGUCAGAUGCUAGUGGACUGGGGCCAGUACAUCGACCAUGACAUAUCCUUCACUCCUCAAAGCACAAGCAGAGCUACUUUCUUGGGAGGACUGGACUGUUUAAAGACGUGCGAAAACAUAAACCCUUGUUUCCCUAUUGAGACAUUCCCUGAUGACAAACUGUCUGGGAACAGAAGCUGUGUGCCGUUCUUUCGUUCGUCGCCAGCCUGCUUCUCCGGUAAUGCACAGGCUGCGACGGCGGACAUCAAACACGCGCUACAACGGCAACAAAUGAACUCAAUCACGUCUUUCCUGGAUGCAUCCACUGUAUACGGCCACACGCCAUAUUUACAGAGUGCCCUUCGAGACCUCUCAAACACUGAGGGUCGGCUGGCUGUCAACAGCAGAUUCACUGACCGUAGUGGCAGACCCUACCUGCCUUUUGUCCCCAACACCCCGUCUCCAUGCUUCCAAGAUCCAGGGGAUCCUCAGGGGGAAAGGGUGGAUUGUUUCCUGGCUGGGGACAGCAGGGUGAAUGAAGUUCUGACUCUGGUGGCUCUACACACGUUGUGGAUGAGAGAACACAAUAGAAUCGCAGAGGCCUUGAAUAGCCUCAACCCACACUGGAGCUCAGAGGUUAUUUACCAAGAGGCCCGCAAGAUCGUCGGAGCUCUGCACCAGAUUAUAACCACCAGGGAUUAUGUUCCCAAAAUCAUUGGAAAAGAGGCUUUUGAUCUUUACAUUGGUCCCUAUGGGGGCUAUGAUCCAACUACAGAGCCCUCAGCCUCCAAUGUGUUCUCUACUGCUGCAUUCCGAUUCGGCCAUGCCACUAUUCCCUCAGUUCUCCGGAGACUCAACCAGAGCUUCCAGGAACAUGAACGCUUCUCCUCUUUGAGUCUGCAUAAGACUUUCUUCAGUCCCUGGCGACUCGUCAAAGAGGGUGGACUAGAGCCAGUCCUCCGAGGUCUGUUGGGGACCCCGGCGACUGCAGUGACCCCAGAAAACCUACUGACAGAGGAGCUGACGGAGAGACUGGUUGUGCUUACUGUCCCAGGGGGUUUGGACUUGGCCGCACUCAACCUGCAGAGGGGACGUGACCAUGGACUUCCAGGUUACAAUGACUGGAGGACGUUCUGUGGACUUGACAGAAUAGCGACUCAAGACGACUUCAGAGAAGUUGUAAAGGAUGCAAGUGUUGUUGGGAAGAUCAUGGACCUGUUUAGACAUCCUGACAACAUUGACGUGUGGCUAGGAGGACUGGUAGAGGAACCUCUGUCUGGGUCCAGGACUGGUCCACUCUUUUCAUGUCUCAUUGGAAAACAGAUAAAGAUGAUUCGAGAUGGGGACAGGUUCUGGUGGGAGAGUGAGGGUGUGUUUACACAGGGUCAGAGGGUGGAACUUCUAAGGCACUCUCUAUCUCGCGUGAUCUGUGACAACAGUGAAGUGAAAGAGGCCCCUCUUGACCCCUUCAUGUUUGGGAAAUACCCUGACGGGUUUCUCUUGUGUGACAAUAUACCAUCGAUGAACUUGGAGGCCUGGAGAGAGGAGCCUAGCCCAGACAACUUCAGCUAAGACGAGAAGCAAGAGAUCCCCCAUGAAAACAUCGGCCUGUGUUUCAUUUUUUCUCUAUGUUUUCAUGCUUUUUAUCCUGUAUAUUUUAGCUACUGUUACCCCUGCAACACCUUUUAUCUUUGUGAAUAUCAUUGUACUUCAGUUCAAUGUAUUUGGGAUGAAUAGAAGUAUAAGAGGUAUACAAAGUCAGUGUAUACUUAUUAAAAAUAUACACAGCUGUAAUUACUGUCAA